AACUUUCCCCAGUGAGACAACCCUAACAACAACUUCUCUUCACACUACCUUCAGUGAAUAUACAAAAAGUGAGACUCCCAUGGCAACGUCCCUUCCGAUCCUGAGCACUGAAUCCAUAUCCAUGAGCAGCGCUUCCAGCCCAAACUCCACGGCUGAGACCAGCACCCUCUCGGAGUCUGUCUCUACACCCAAUAUUUCUAGGCUGACCUCCACUGCUGGGGCAAGCACCGUCUCCGAGUCUGUCUCCACGCCCAGCACUUCCAGCCCAAGCUCUGUGACCGAGGAAAGCACCGUCUCCGAGUCCCUCUCCAAGUCCAGUGCUUCGAGUCUGACCUCCACAGCCGAGACCCACACUGUAUCCGAGUCUGUUCCCUCGUCCAGUGCUUCAAGGCCGACCUCCAGGGCUGAGACCCACAACAUCUCUGAGUCUGUUCCCUCGUCCAGUGCUUCAAGCCCGUCCUCCGCAUCCAAGGCCAGCAGUGUCUCUGAGCACCUCUCCACACUCAGCGGUUACAGCCCGAGCUCUGCGACCGAGGCCAGCACCAUGUCCGAGUCCGUCUCCACGUCCAGCCCUGCCAGCCUGACCUCUCCCACUGAGGCCACCACCAUCACACAGCCAGCCGUCUCUGAAUUCACCACCAGUGAGACAACCGUGACAUUGGUUCCUCCCCAUCCAACUGGGACUGAACUCACAAGUACGGAGACUACCAUGGCAAACACUCGUUCUCUUCCAGUGACAGAGACAUCCACACCCAAUGCGAUAAGAUCUUCCAUUCACACCACAAUGGAAACAAACAACAGUGAGACAACCUCACCCAUAUCCUCUCCACCACCAACGCUGACCAGCUCUUCCAUCCACAGCUCCUUCUUGACUUCUGUUUCUCAAACAACCCUUUCUGAAACCACCACAAAUGAAAAGACUCUGGCAACAACAGUUUCUGCUCCAGCUUCAACACAAUUUACCAACCACAACCGUGACAUUGGUUCCUCCCCACCCAACUGGGAUGGAAUUCACACGUACGGAGACUACCAUGGCAAACUCUCCUUCUCUUCCAAUGACAGAGACAUCCACACCCAAUCCCAUAACAUCUUCAGUGCACACCCCAAUGGAAACAAGCAACAGUGA